AAAAUGCCAGUUAGGGGUCCGUUUGGUCAUCGACGCAAACCCUACCACUUCAAAGCAUCUACUUCGAUGCACCGCUUUUAUUUUAUCUCUAUCCAAACGGGGACUUAGGACCUGCAUUUGGGAUGCAUUUCAUUUGCAGUUGCCCUCGAUUUAGCUUUCCUCCACCUUAUAUAAAUCUAUAAAAACCUUUUUUCCACCCAUUGGACUCCAUUCCCUGCUUCUACCCAACUCUAGGAAAAGCAGGCGCUUUGAGUUGAUCACUAUAGGUUUUAGAAGAUGGCCGAUGCCGAGGAUAUCCAGCCUCUUGUGUGUGACAAUGGAACUGGAAUGGUCAAGGCUGGAUUUGCUGGUGAUGAUGCUCCGAGGGCUGUGUUCCCCAGUAUUGUUGGCCGACCUCGACACACAGGUGUCAUGGUUGGGAUGGGCCAAAAGGAUGCUUAUGUAGGUGAUGAAGCCCAGUCAAAAAGAGGUAUCCUCACCUUGAAAUACCCAAUUGAGCAUGGCAUUGUCAGCAAUUGGGAUGACAUGGAGAAGAUCUGGCAUCACACUUUCUAUAAUGAGCUUCGUGUUGCUCCUGAGGAGCACCCAGUACUUCUUACAGAAGCUCCUCUCAACCCCAAGGCUAAUAGGGAGAAAAUGACCCAGAUUAUGUUUGAGACCUUCAACGUACCUGCCAUGUAUGUUGCUAUCCAAGCUGUGCUGUCUCUGUAUGCCAGUGGUCGUACAACAGGUAUUGUCUUGGAUUCUGGUGAUGGUGUCAGCCAUACAGUGCCAAUCUAUGAAGGAUAUGCUCUUCCACAUGCAAUCCUUCGAUUAGACCUUGCUGGUCGUGACCUUACAGAUGCCUUGAUGAAGAUCCUUACCGAGAGAGGAUACUCUUUCACCACAACGGCGGAACGGGAAAUCGUCCGUGACAUGAAAGAGAAGCUUGCUUAUGUUGCACUUGACUAUGAGCAGGAGUUGGAGACCGCCAAGAGCAGUUCUGCAGUUGAGAAAAGCUAUGAGCUUCCUGAUGGGCAAGUGAUAACUAUUGGUGCUGAGAGGUUCCGCUGCCCUGAAGUCCUUUUCCAGCCAUCUCUAAUUGGAAUGGAAGCAGCCGGAAUCCACGAAACUACCUACAAUUCCAUCAUGAAGUGUGAUGUUGAUAUCAGGAAGGACCUGUACGGAAACAUUGUGCUCAGUGGAGGCUCAACCAUGUUCCCAGGAAUUGCUGACAGGAUGAGCAAGGAAAUUACUGCCCUCGCUCCCAGCAGCAUGAAGAUCAAGGUGGUGGCACCUCCCGAGAGAAAGUACAGUGUCUGGAUUGGAGGAUCAAUAUUAGCAUCUCUCAGCACAUUCCAACAGGUAAAAAAUUGUUUUAUUUGUGCCCAUGAUGUGGGUGGAAUGAUAGUCAAGGAGUUUGUGAUUGUUAGUCUCAGAGUCUCAUUCCAUUUAAAAAUUGCAGAUGUGGAUAUCCAAGGGUGAAUACGAUGAAUCCGGUCCUGCCAUUGUUCACAGGAAGUGCUUCUAAUUUAGGUGAAGAGGACAUAUUGGUGAAACAUUCCUCACCAUCAUCAGCAGCACUCAAUUCAUUGUGUCAUAUGUGGGUCUUAAGUUUGGUUGGAGUUUUUAAACUGUGGAGUAUUUUGACAGUAAAAGGGCAAUUUGGGGUCGGUCAUAAAAAUGCAUUCUCAGUUUUAGUAGGAGGGGGUCUAAGAAGCCAAAUCAUUUUUUUGCAAGGGAACUUCAUUUGGUAGCAAUCUCAUCUGCUUUUGGUCUUUUUAUUGCCCCCCUCUUUCCACCAUGAAUGUGGGAGGAGAGAGAGCUAAGUCGAUCAUAUUUGUCUUCUCCUUUUGGGAUUUUGGGUCAUCUCUGUUCAUAUUUAUAUUGUAAGAGUAAUUGGAUUUCAAUGAGUUUGGAGCUAUAAGAUUUGGAAGAAAAUUUGUCAGGUU